CGUUUACAAUUUUCAUAUAAGGCAAACUAAAUUAAUGUAAGGUAAGAUAACAAAAACUUCUGAAUUAUCCGAUGAGAACAAAAUAGCUUAUUACCCAGGAUUAAUACAGCAUUUUUAUGAGUGGCAAUAUUCGCAUAUGAUUUGCGAAAAUCAAAUAAGAUAAGGAUGAUAAGAAAAUAUAAUUUAUUCGGCCAGAUUCUUUCUAACAUUGUUGAUCGAGUAGAUGGGAUAGAAGUGUUAAACAGUAUAUCAAACUGGCCACGUAUCGACACUAUCGUCCGUAAUAUCUUCUUUCACAAAUCACUUUUUACAAUACUCGAUUAGCUUAAAAAUCGACGAAAACGGAAGGAAUUUUGUUCGAUCCGAACAUAUUGAAUGAAACGUUCAAUAUGGUUACACUAAUUUUUUUGUACAGUUACAUAGUAUAAUACUACAAGUAAGCCAUUGGAGAAAAUUAUUUCGAUAUGACUAAGAAGAUAAUAUGUUUGUUCGAUGUUGAUGGUACUCUUACCGAUCCUAGACAGCCAAUUAAACCAAAUGUAGAGAAAUUUCUGUUGGAGACAGUACGAAAGGAAUUUGAUAUAGCUGUUGUUGGAGGAUCAGAUCUAGUCAAACUGAAGGAGCAGUUGGGUGGUGGAAGCAUGUUUGAAAAGUACAAAUAUAUCUUUGCAGAAAAUGGACUUAUUGCUUUUAAAGAUGGUAAAAAAUUACAAACUGAGACAAUUCAAAGUAUUAUAGGUGAAGAUGCAUUACAGGAUUUGAUAAACUUUUGCUUGAAGUACAUAUCGGAAUUGCAUUUGCCUUUUAAAAGAGGAACUUUUAUCGAAUUCAGAACUGGAAUGCUAAAUGUGUCACCAGUUGGUCGAAAUUGCACAAAAGAAGAACGCCUUCAAUUUUAUGAAUAUGAUAUGGAAAAUCAAGUUCGACAGAAAUUUAUUCAGACUCUCAAGAAAGAAUUUCCAGACCUGGCUUUAACAUAUAGCAUUGGAGGUCAAAUAUCCUUCGAUGUAUUUCCUAUUGGCUGGGAUAAAACAUAUUGCCUUAGACAUGUUCAAGGCUAUCAUGAAAUACACUUUUUUGGUGACAAAACAGCAGAAGGUGGUAAUGAUUAUGAAAUUUAUGAGAGUGACUUAACUGUUGGACAUCGUGUGACUUGUCCAGAAGAUACAAUUAAUCAACUCAAUGUUCUUAUGGCACUUGUUAAAGAAAACAGACAGAAAGAACAAUUUACUGUUCCUAUGCAGUGUGCAUAAUAUAUUAAAUAUUGAUUGUACAAAAUAUUUUACUUAAGAUUCAGGAGGUGUUUCACAUGAUACAUCAUUCUGUUUUUAUUGUUAUAUCGUUAUACAUUCCAAUUUUGAUGUUGUAAGAUCAUUCUAACACAAGAACUUUGUAAAUGACUGCAGAUUUUCAAAUCGAAAUGAAAGUUUUAUCUCAGUUUACUAAAAAUUUUGAAACAUUGUAUUAUAUUAUUGUAAUAUUGAAUUGCACAAAAGAAAAAGUGUUAUCUUGA